AUGGCCCAGCUGGCCCUGCCGCCCAGCACCCAGAGCGAGCCCAGCCUGAGCAAGCGGCGCCGUCUCGACACGGUGCUUCAGAAGCUGACGCUCGGCGGCCCCGCGGACGUCGACGAUGGCUGCCUCUCCGCGCCGCCCGCACUAGAGGAGGAGGACGUGUUCUCGCCGGUGUCGUCCAAGUCGCCGCAUUCGUCGCUCGACAGCCCGCUCGUCUGCCAGGACUCGCCGCGCGUCGGAUUCGGUGCGCUGCGCAUCAAGGAGGAGGUCGACUAUGAGGCCGACGUGCGGCUGGAGGAGCGCGCACGCGUCAUCUGCUCGCCGCCGCGGCUGCAGGUGCCGCCGUGCGAGCGCGAGACGGGCGGCGGCCAGCCGCACAAGUUCACCUUCUGCGCGUGCGCGCAGUGCACGGCCGGCAUGGACAGCGAGCACCGGCUGGAAUCGCCGCUGCCGCUCGAGUACCUGUCGCAGCUGAGCGAGCUGUACCGGCGCCGCAGCCGCUCCGACUCGGACCUGAGCGCGUGGUUCGAGCCGCCGGCGCCGGCGCGCGGCUCCGUGCUGCGGCAGGGCCGACGCGCGCCGCGGCCGCUGCACAUUCCGGGCAAGUCGGGCUCGCUCGAGUCGGACCAGUCGUCGCCGCAGGACUCGCCGCUCGACCUGUCGCUGCGCUCUCACCCGCUGCUGCGCCUCCGCUCGCCCGGCCUCCACCCGCCCAUCCCCAUCGUGCACGGCAACGUCGCCUCGCCGACCACGCGAGACUCGGUGGCGCUGCGCUACAACCUAGAGGUGUGCCCCGUGGUGGAGGAGAUGCCGCCGGGCACGGACGUGGCCUACGUGUGCCCCGUGUGCGGACAGAUGUUCUCGCUGCACGACCGGCUGGCCAAGCACAUGGCGUCGCGCCACAAGAGCAAGCCCGUCGACGCCGCCUCCAAGACGUACGUGUGCGACACGUGCAAGCGCUCGUUCGCGCGCAGCGAUAUGCUGACGCGCCACAUGCGGCUGCACACGGGCCUCAAGCCGUACACGUGCCGCGUGUGUGGCCAGGUGUUCUCGCGCUCCGAUCACCUGUCGACGCACCAGCGGACGCACACCGGCGAGAAGCCGUACAAGUGCCCGCAGUGUCCGUACGCGGCGUGCCGGCGCGACAUGAUCACGCGCCACAUGCGCACGCACGCGCGCUACGAGCUGGGCGAGGGCGGCGGCGGCGGCAGCGUGGACGAGGCGGGGCCGCCGCGCUCGCCGCGCGCGCCGCCGCGCCGCGCCAACUCGGAGGAGCAGCCGCCCACCUACCUCCGCCAGCUGCCGAGUCCGGCUCCGAUGGAGACGGGCGAGGCGCCGGACCGAGGCUGA